AUGGAGACUACCUUCAUUACCAUUCACGACCUCUCCCGCGAGGCCCGCGUUCUUUACUCGUCUGACUCCAUCGUCGAUAUUCUCGGUCACACUCCCGAUGAGGUUGUCGGCAAGUCUUGCUGGGACUUUUUCCACCCGGACGAGAUUCCCUUUGCGAAGGACUUCCACAGCCGCGGCGUCAAACUUGACAAGGCUGCCGUCCUGGCUUAUUGCCAGAUCAGGAACCGCGAUGGUGCCUGGGUCGGCUGCGAGUGCUGUUUCUCCGUCGUCUACGAUGUGAUGGUGUGCUGUACCAGUGUCUAUCGUCGGGGCAUGACCAGUCAGAAGCGCGCAGUUGAGGCGCCAAUCGUCCGCAAGCUGUUCUCCUCUUCGCCAAAGGACCCGAGGUACCACAUGUUGUCUCACCUGUCGGCCAAGUUCAACCUUGGUCCGAAGCAGCAGACCCACGAGCCGCGUGCUGCUCUUUUCCUCAACCGCUUUACCCGCACUUUGACCAUCAUGUAUGCCACCAGUGGCAUUGAGCAGGUCAUCGGUAUCUCCUCGGAGGAGAUGAAGGGUAAAAGCUUCUACUACUGCAUCCAGGAGAAUUGCUUGGAGGAUGCUGUGCGUGUGCUGGAAACAGCCAAGGGCAACGACUCUAUCGCAUAUCUCCGCUUCCAUUUCCGUGAUCCCCGUGUUCGUCCGAACCGCGGCGCGCGGAGCGCAUCGGAGGAUGAAAACACCGACGAGACCAUGACGGAUGUCACUGAAGACGAGGAUGAGGGCGGCGUGGAUGUCGGAGGGACCCCUCCGCCUCUCGCGACUCAGACGUCUGCGAGCACGUCGGGAGUGGACACCGACAACCCAAGCACGUCCAACGACGAGGGACGUACCUCUUCGAAUGACAGCAGUGCGCGUAGGGCCAACAGCGGCCCUCUUCCUCAGUCGUACGCCUCGUCGCGAGCACCGACCUCGCCAUCCACCAACGGUCAUGACAAUCUGAUCGAACUUGAGGCUGUUGUCUCUUGCACUUCGGAUGGACUUGUUGUCUGCCUCCGUCGUGCUCGCCCGAUGAUGCCACCAUCUGCACAGCCUCCACGGGCCGAUCAGCCUGCUUAUGCUCACGGCAUCUUUGCGGCCCCUUGGGCCCCAGAGCCUGUCUUUCUACCCCCGCUUCCCAACGCGUACGCCAAUGCUGCACGGAUGGGUCUCAUGGCUCCACCGCAGCAGACCACCGCUGUAGGUGGCCCGGACGGCGUUUCGACUUACGGCGGACCUGCGCCGAACGACUUCAUGCAGAGUAUCCGCGAUGUCGCGGUUUUCGCAUGGGCCCUGACGGGCAUCAACGGCAGCCUUGCCGACUACUCACGCGGAAACCCCAUGGGAGAGUCCCAGCCGCCGGAUGGUUUCCCUAUCUGGAGCCCUCAUGGCAAUGGAGACGGUAUCGGAAGCAGCGGAAGCUCGAUGAGUGGUAUCGCCAAGGACCCCUUUGGCGACCCGGGCCUUGAUGGAAAGCGCUUCGGUGCUUAA